UAAAUAACACAGUUUUUUUUUUUUUUUGCCCCCUUUCUUUUAACAAAACAAUAAGGCUCCAUUGUUAUUCUUAUAUUACAUAUGUAUGUAUAUGAGAGAGAGGAUUGGAGUGACCACUGCACACACAAGUAAAGCCACCAUGGCGUUCAAGAUCAAGAACGCCCCAUCUUUGCUCUUCCUCUUCACGUUCUUCUACAACAUUGCAUGCUCACCCUUCAACCCAGAACCGAUGGCUGCAACCACGGGAGGCCACUGGGUUCAGCUGCAAAGAAGCAUAGGCAUCUCCGCCAUGCACAUGCAAGUAAUGCGAGAUAACAAGGUAGUUAUCUUCGACCGUACAGACUUCGGUCCUUCAAACAUCUCCCUCCCAUUCAGCCGCUGCCGCUUCAACCCCCGCGACAUGGCCUUGAAACUCGACUGCACCGCCCACUCCGUCCUCUACGACCUCUCCCUCAACACCCUCCGCCCACUCACCAUCCUCACCGACGCAUGGUGCUCCUCCGGCGCUCUCUCCCUCGACGGCACACUCUUCCAAACCGGCGGCUUCAACGACGGCCACAACAAGCUCCGCACCUUCUCACCCUGUCCUCAGCACCCUGAAACCUGCGACUGGCUCGAACUUCCAUGGAACCUAACUUCCUCCCGCUGGUACGCUUCGAAUCAGAUCCUCCCCGACGGAAGAAUCAUCGUCCUUGGUGGAAGAAACUCCUUCACCUACGAAUUCGUCGAUCCCAACAGCAUCUUCACUGCACCGGAAAACCCUAACUCUUUCUUCUUCCUCAGAUUCUUGAAGGUCACGAGGGAUAGCAACCCCGGCGAGGAGAACAAUCUUUAUCCGUUCUUGCACCUUCUCCCCGACGGGAACCUCUUCGUCUUUGCUAACCGGAGAUCCAUCUUGCUCGACUACAAACGCAACAUUGUCCUCCGCGAGUUCCCGGUGAUACCCGGAAUAGAAAAACGGAACUACCCUAGCACCGGCUCGUCGGUCUUGCUUCCGAUUCAUCUCUCCGGGUUGGACGACCCGACCCGAUUACCCCACGCGGAAAUUAUGAUAUGCGGCGGCGCGUUUCCCGGCGCGUUCAAUUUGGCCAACAUUAACAAGAUCUUCAUUGAGGCUUCGAGGACAUGCGGUCGGAUUCGGGUGACCGACCCUGAACCCAAAUGGAUCAUGGAGACGAUGCCGUUUCCACGUGUCAUGCCGGAUAUGGUUCUUCUUCCAACGGGUGACGUCGUUAUAAUUAAUGGCGCGGCGAACGGAACUGCUGGGUGGGAAAAUGCAGCGAACCCCGUUCGGUAUCCGGUUUUAUAUAAACCCGGUUUACAUGAACCGUUAUCCCGGUUCGAGAUACUGGCGCCGGCGAAGACCGCUAGGAUGUAUCAUUCUUCAGCUGUGUUGGUGCCAGAUGGCAGAAUAUUAGUGGGUGGGAGCAACCCACAUAGAGGUUAUGAUUUUCAGGCGUACCCGUACCCGACAGAGUUGAGUUUGGACGCUUAUUAUCCGGAUUAUUUGGGACCCGAAUUCGAAACCCUAAGGCCUUCGAUUAUUGCGGUCGAAGCUACGAAUAAUACGGCGUCGUAUGGUGGUAAUUUUUCUGUUACGUUUUCGUUGCGGCGUUCUUUGGCUGGGAUUAGUGUGGCCCUUGUGGCGCCAUCGUUUACGACGCACUCUUUCUCGAUGAACCAGCGUGUGGUGGUGCUCCACGUUGCGGCGUUGCAGGAGGUGGCGGCGUCCGAGUUUAAGGUGACGGCGCGUGGACCGCCUUCGCCGACGGUGGCGCCGCCUGGGUAUUACAUGGUGUUUGUCGUGCAUGCAGGGGUUCCCAGUGUAGCUGUUUGGGUUCAGGUUAAGUGAAGUGAAGUGAGGUGAUGUCAGCAAGUCGUCAUCAUUUGCUUCUGUGGCAAUAUUGUUGUAUGUAGGGGUAGUGGCUUGGGUUUUUAGACACCAUUCUUUUGGAGGGCACUUCUAUUAAAACAGAAAGAUAAAAAUCUCAAUUCUUUUGGGAAAUUUCUAUUUUAUUCUAAAUUAUCGAGCAGUUUUGGUAAUCUGAGUUACCAUUGAAUUUAUUUGCUAGUGUAGUACUGCCUGUGAUAAAGUAAUAAGAGUUUCAGUGUAAUAAGAGUAAUCUGUCGUGUGUCCAUUUAUGUGAAGCCAUUAUUGCAUCAUCAGUUUCAGUGUAACCAAAAUGCUUAUCGGAAGAUUUUGUACCUUGCUAGCACUUAGCUAGUCUCGUUCAGUUAAGUGCUUCAGUCAAUCAGUGCAGUUUAGUUAGUUUGUACACGCUUACAUCUAUAAUAUAAAAUUAUAAACAGAACUGGGUGAUUCAAUGUUUACUUUCGCUCAGUAUUUCGGCUUCUAUUUAUGGGACAUCUAUAUUCUCUCUGAAGCUGCGUUCUCUGCUUCAGUUCAAAUGCUGUCUAUUUUUCUUCUUGGUGUUACCAAUUUGUCCCCAACUAAAAUUAACCACAAAUCAGUCAUUAUAUAUUUAUGUAUGAAUAUAUAUUCUAUACAAAGAAUUAAUAUUUUGUGUAUACAUAAUAUAGUUACUCCAAAAAUAAUCAUCUCUAGUUACGUUCCAAAUAAAAUAACCGAU